UUCUGUUACGCCCUGUAUUUCUCUAGGCAUUCUAUGAAUUUCAUGUUUCUAAACCUUUCCUAUCAAAAAAUAUUAGGAAAUAAAAUUGCAAAACCUACCCGUGUAGGCGGUCAUUGACAUAAGGGCUAGAGGUAACAAAAUCAAAAUAGAAGAAACUGUAUUGCUUAAAUCUAGUUUGGUUAUACAAAUCAAUGUAAUCGCUGUUAUCGUACAAGGGACUGUAUGAUUGACGUGUCUGCUCUACAUAAUCGUCUUUAAUUUUUUGACUUGUUUAACUUGACGGUUGGAGAGGUCCAGUGGCACACUGAUAGCGGCGUCGAUCUUUUACAAGACAGGGCCGGGUACCGUAUCACAUCCGGACUGUCCAUUCGUAGGCUGAACUGAGUAUCGAGCUACGAGUAAAUUUAGGGCAAGAAAGCAAUGUACCUAACGUGCUGGUGCCAAAGACCACACACUACCUUGGAUUUGCUCUACCUUACACGAUAUUGCUGUUUUCCGAGCAAAAAGCUACAGCGAUGUGCAUGCAUGCAUUGGAUGUAAUUAUUUACACUUUUCCCACACAAUUAGGGCAACGGAACCAACGUCUAUGCUGAGACUCAGAUAUGCAAGACACAGAGAGUAAAGAAAAAUGCAUUACCGGAAACGGCAGUUGGUUCCAUAUUAAUGCAUCGAUGCACAGGUUGCACAAAUCCAAUGCAAAAUCUCUGGCGACAUAAUUCGUGUCUGGCUACACAAAAACGUUGUCAGAAGGUGUCGAGAGACAGUUGUUAGCAGACGGUGGUGAGCAAAACAUGUUCUUUAGUGAUCGGAAGAUGGCUGGUACUACUGCUAGCUUGUUGUCGUUGUUGGUGAUGAAUUUACUGGGAGCACUAGUCGCGCGUUGUGGUGAUAUCGGAAUAGAAGCUGACCUAACGAUUUCUGCUGAGGGUAUUUUGAACGAGCAGUUGAUGCCGAUAACGUACUUGAUGAUGGAUGGUGCUUGUGCAGUGGGUACUCAGAAGGACGGCUGUGCGCAGGAUAAGGGGGCUGAAAGUCGUACCGAAUCGGACCAGGCAGGGGAGCUACCAUUGAACGAUCUUGGUACCGAUGCAAGUUACAGUAGUGCCCUAUCCAUGCUAGAUUUUCAUCGUACCAUGAUAAAUCUUUAUCGUUGCAAGGGCUUCCUUGCCAAGCGUAUCAUCAACGUGUAUCCGACACAAUCGCAGCUCUUUAAGCGUAUGAGCUCGGCGAUGCCGAACAGUAGUACCUCCUCGCUAGUGAUGAACGGACCGCAGGAUACUAUGGACGGCAUGCUGUACGAUCCUGGCUCUUCCGGAUACAAAGAAUGGCUCACAAAGACUUCUACACUGGAUGACAUAUACGAAAAUUUUCUCUCUACGCGCAAGCUGGCAAAUGAUACACUAAAUCGCAAUCUUCAUCAUGCCACUCUGCAUCGGGUGUCCGAAUCACAUCAUCCCACCUCGAACCCUCGACUAGGGCAGGAGGAGUACUUCGAUGAAGGCAUCAUCACCGGGUUCGCGAUGCAGCCGGAUCAUGUUGGAAGUCUGCAGCAGGGUGGUGCCUCCUCCUCGAACUACGAACGGUACGGUGGUGGUCAGCACGAUCUUCAACUCAGACAGUCCAAGUACCAGCGGGGUCUGCUGCAAGGCGAAGAAGCUGAUGGUUAUGAAGCUUCACGCGGUGAUUAUGGUUACCACCAUCACCACCACCAUGCGGCCCCUGUGGUGGAGUACGAGGAAAAACCGAUCGACAAGAGUUUGCUCGGUUUGAAGGAUCUGUUCGAUAUUGCGCUUACAACGCUCGCGUACCUUUCGUUCGGGAUGUUUAUACUGCAGGUGAUCAUGUGCAUCACGAUGACGAAAAGUGAUUCGAGCAUGAUGAUACUGCCGACCACUUCGGAGGUGGAGGUGGAAGAGGAGGAGGGACGCCGAUUUGCGCGUGCAUUGCACGUGGAGGGGUCGGCUAGGGCACGUGAACUUAAUCAGCUGGCAAUGUACGUAGUUGAUUCGAUCGAUACCAUCACAAAGCGUGGAACGGAACGGCGGCGAGAUAUCUGCCUGCAGGCAUGUCUGUGCAAAGCGAACCGAUUUUCCCGUACGCUAACCAGCAUCCAUGGAUAUUGGAUCAGUGUUUGGAGUUUCGGCGUAUCCUGGCUAGCACGGUACAAGCAGUCGUCCAGAAACAUAUCUUCCUUUGCAUUAAAGUGCAUGAGCGCGGCUCUGAUAGGGCUCGGGAAUGGAAAGUGCUCAGAACUAUAUCCUUGUGGUGGGGGAAACAACUAGAAGGCAUAAUAUUACAAAUUCUGCCAUCGCUGUCGCUGCCAGCUGAUGAGCGCGAUCUAUCAAAAUUGAUUUUAAAAUAAAUAACAGUCCUAUUAGCCAGUUUUACCUCGUACGUAAGUAGAACAACGUCCUUCAUCAUGAUGAUGUUAUAGUUUAUAGCAAUUUCCGUUUUGAGCAUAGUCUACCAACCGA